ACUGCUGACCUGUAUAGAGGUCUUUAGGAAAGAGAACUCCACUCAAUAUUGCAGACCUCUAUACAGAGGUCUAGGAAAGAGAACUCCACUCAAUAUUGCAGAGGUCUAGGAAAGAGAACUCCACUCAGCACUGCUGACCUGUAUAGUGGGCUUUAGGAAAAAGUAGAGAGGUUUAGGAAAGAGGCCUCUACUCAACACUGUAGACCUGUACAGAAGUCUAUAGUAAAGAGAAUUCCACUCAACACUUCAGUCCUUAUUGCAGUCAACGAAAUAGCUCUAAAGAAUGCCCAUAUGUAAUAUUUGAAAGACAUUUUUCAUAUCUGUUUUAAAUUAGUUAUCAGAGAGAUUGCAUUGUGUUAAGCUUGAGAGUUCCGUUGCAAAAGAGACCUGUGGAAGCGCUGGUCUGACAGACAUAGAAGAAUUACUUGGAAGUAGGUAUCUACUUACCUAGGAGGACAGCAUCAGAAUGGCAAACUGUUCCAUGAAUUUAACAGAGGAUAUCACUGGUCUGACGGUCAUUUACGGCUGUGUGUUUGUCGUGGGUCUUCCUGCUAACCUGCUCUCUCUGUGGGGGCUCUUCCAGCUUCUCUGUCACAGUAAUGUUCUGCCCAUCUUCAUCUUGAACCUCCUGGUGUCUGAUCUGAUUCAGCUCGUCACCUUGCCUUUCUGGGUCAGCUAUCUGCAGAAAGAACACAGGUGGGAUUUUGGAGAAGCGGCGUGCAAUAUUGUGGGGUUUAUCUUCUACGUCAACCUCUAUGCCAGUGUGGUGUUCAUGUGCCUUGUGGCGAUUGACCGCUACAUCGGCAUUGUCCACCCUCUGACCUGUCGAAGAUUCCGGACUGCUAAAUCUGCUGUAGCAGCAAGCUUCGGGGUGUGGCUAGUCUCCUUCCUGUAUUGUCUGUUUGGGCUGUUACCCUCAGUGUACUAUGAGAGACAAAUGUGUAUGGAGGUGUAUCCUGUGGGCCAUCGCUACGCUGUAUUCAAGAUUGGGACCAUUGUGUUUGGGUUUCUGCUGCCAUGCUUCAUAUUGGGCUUCACAGCGAUUAGGAUCCGCUCUGCUCUGCGCUCCUCUCCCUCCGUGACUCAGGACGAGCGGAGGCGAAUUGUGGGCAUUCUCUGCACCAUCACCGUCAUCUUCGUGGGGGUGUUCGGACCGUACCACUUGGUGGGGGCCUAUAAGUUCCUGGCCUUCUUCGUUACCUCUGACACCUGCGAAUUGGAGAAAACCCUCUUCCUCUGUUACCGAUUCUGCUACGGGCUGACGAGCUUCAACAACAUCCUGGACCCCCUCUUUUACAUCUUCAUCUGUGACGACAUUCGCAAGCAGCUCAGGAGGUCCCUGCGUUGCUGGGGGAGAUCUUGGGAAAACUUCACAGAAUGACAGCAUGCCAUGUGCUCUGUGCUUGGACCACUCGUGUUUCUUAGCUACAUCAACAACUUAGAUUGGAGGAUAAUUAGCAAACUUGUUAGAUUUGCAGACAUGACUUCGACACCCAGGGAUUCCAAAAAGAUUUUGACUGCACACAGGACUGGGCAGAAAACAAGGCAAAUGAACUAUAAAGAUUAUUAUAAAAAUGAUCACUCAUGACACACAAAAGUAUGUUUUAUUGAUAAACACAUUUCAUCAGAAAGGAUCUUGAUAGGCCCAAGAAAAGUUUUAAACCUAUACACUGGGCAAAAUAGCCAGAGCUUGAUGACUCUGUUGCUUUUGAAAUAGUUUUCCUUCCUGUGGGUCGUAUGAAUGAAGUGUCGCAACAGAAUGCCUUUUCUGAACAAAAUACAAAAUAUCUUUGAUAAAAGUGACAUCUCUGGUGGCUGUAGUACUAUUUCAGGAAGGCAUGUGAACAUUUCAUGCUCUAAAAAAGUGUCAUCAUUUUUUUAUGUAAAAAAUGUACAUGAAUCUCGUUCAUUUGAAUCUUUAAACAAUAAUUGUGAUAUACGAGCCAUAAUUAAAUAGCAACAAACAAAAAUACAGGAAUGCUGUGUUUUGUAUUUUUGUGUAAGUCUGUGUCAAUGUGACUAUGAAACCAGGAGCUUCUCUUAGUGCAGCCAGUCAUAUGAAAUGUAGGUGAAUCAGCCUUUGAGUUUCCACAUUGAGUUAUACUGUAUAUCGCCACCUAGUGGCACGAUAUUGUAGCUGAAGGAUGAAAAGUUCUUCAUUAAAAGCUUUUCCCCACGUUCACAGCCAGUUAGCAGAGUUGCAAACCACAUUGUGAAAUGUUCUAAAUGGAACAAGGAAGUCUGUUCAGUGCACCACAAGUGGAAUCCCACAUCUGUAUUGUAGAAUGUGUGUCAAUGAAAGAAAAAUCUCAGCAACUAUCACCGAAGGUCAAGCAGAUAUUUACAGCGGAGAGUGCUCUGUGGGGUGGGGAGUGGCACAUUAUGGAAAAGGUCACACAAGUCAACUCAGGACCCCUGCCUGUGUGACUCCCCCUGCACACCACGCGGCCGUGCCUUUACCAGGGGAGACUCUCGGGGACCCCUGCGCUCCCCUGACUGUGUGACUCCCCCCUGCACACCACGCGGCCGUGCCUUUACCAGGGGAGACUC